AUGGCAUAUCUGCCUUCAGGAUUGACAGGAGAGAUAUAUGUGAUUGCACCAGACGAUAGUUGCGAGGAUCGAUCUGACGAGCUUACCUGUCGGGCGCGGCUCCGAGAGUUCCUGUAUCUUGACCCGCUAAAUCCUUGCCCACACACCAGCGUCUUCCUGAUGCUUGAAGAAGACGACGAUAAUGAUGACGCCGCACCCAUCCAUGAGGCUGUCAGAGCAGAACUCGACCAAAAUCGAGCCCAGGCCUCGACACCAAGACGUGUCUUACUAUGGCAGACGCGGGAUGUAUCGCCUCCGCCAUCCAUCGAUGUCCGAUCUGAGGAAGACAAGAAGCUCACACCGCCGUUCGUUAAAAAGUUAUGGAUGUUGCGGCUCCAACGCCGGAAGGUCUCGAUCCGGAAUACUUAUCCCGGAGUCUUCACGGUUGCCCAUCUCGUCGCUGAUCCCGGGCUUCCUGGCUUCCUACCACGCUCUCCCCAUCUCUGUGACGAUCCAUCUGAACGGGGAGCGCGCUCGGUGGUUUGGGGUGUGGCAAACACCGGUUUCGAAGUUCUUGUUACUUGA